AUGGGCAAUCUUCUCAGCACAAAGUCAUCUCUAAAACGUCGCAAAGCUUCAAAACCAACGGAUGCUGCGAACAAUCGACGCGCUUUUUCUCACAAACGUCAAAAUCCCUCAACCACCUCAUCCAAACUUACCACAUUCUCUUCAUUUUCCUCAAAACAUUCAAAAUCACAUUCUUCAUUAAAAUCAUAUUCAUCAAAUUCUUCUUAUCACUACAUUGAUGGUCGUCGUUUCCUCGACAAUUGCUCCUAUCAACUACCUAAUGACGACGAGGAAAUAGACCGACUCACUGUGCAACACUAUAUAGCCCGUUCUAUACUGCGCUCAAAUUACUGCGCGCCAGUAUUUAAUGUUUUGAAAAAUGGCGCAAAGGUACUGGAUGUGGGCUGCGGUCCCGGAACGUGGUUAUUAGAUAUGGCUACCGAAUUUCCGAGCUCGAAAUUCUUUGGCAUCGAUAUUUCAAAUAUGUACCCCCAGGAGAUAAAGCCACCAAAUGUAUAUUUCGAGGAAGCUGAUCUACUCGAAGGUCUCCCGUUUGAUGAUAACACAUUUGAUUUCGUCGUCAUGCGGAACAUGGUCUCCGCCUUAAAGUUGGGUGAUUGGGAGAACAAAGUCCUGCAGGAAUUAAUAAGGGUCUGUAAACCUGGUGGUUAUAUCGAGAGCACGGAGUUUGAGAUUCCGGGGUCAAACAGAGGUCCGAUGUCUACAAAAUUAUGCGAUGCAUGGAUUGAGAUAAUGAAAACGAAAAACAUUGAUCUCACGAUUUCGACUCGCCUCGAUCAACUAUAUCGUAGUCACAAGCCUACCUCUUUAGAUCUGGUCACUCACAUCACACGUCAGGUGCCCAUCGGUGCAUGGGGUGACCGAAUCGGCAGCGCGAUGGCUGACGACUUGAUAAUGCUCUCCAAGGCUGUGCAACCGGUUUUGGUACCCGCCUGGGGUGUCACUCACGAACAAUAUGACGAGUAUUUGGGGGUUUUGAAACGGGAGUUUGACGAAUACAAGUCGUAUUGUAAUAUUCAUGUCGUGUCUGGGAGGAAGCGGAGCGAGAACAUAAAAAAAGACAAUGUUUAG